UCCUAUGAGCCAAUAGCUGGGUAAAAUCAUUGAACAGAAAAAUCAUUUUUUUUACAACGAAGUGUUGACUACCUCAUGUAUUUUAGCAAAUACUGUGCUGAAAGUGAAAACAGGAGGUUUGUAAAGCUGAAAAUGAAAACAGGAGGUUUGUAAAGCUAUGCUUCUGUACCACUGUAAAGUCUUGGGGACCACAAUUAGAACCCUAGCACUCAUACCUGAGACAGAAUUGUGAGCUUGAAGCUAGUUUGAAUCACAAGGUGAGACUCUGUCUCAAAUGCACACACAAACACAGACAGGCCCAUACCCACAGAGAGAGACACACAGCUUCGUUGUUUAAGUUCAACUUUAAGUGGAUAUUAGGCAUUUUAUCUGUGUUUGGGAUAGGCGUGGGGAAUAGCUUCUCAAAAUCAUGAAUUCUGUUGACAGUCCUACUCCUCUGUUCCCUCUAUGAACAACAGCAUUCCUCAGCUGAGUCCAAAAUCUGUGGAGUGGUCUGGAACAGUCAGUGUCUUAAUUAGAAAGUAGAACAGGAAGAGCAGAAAGUGGUUGCUGGGGCCUGAAAACCACCAUCCUUAAAAGCCUGAGGUCUCUAAAGUAGUCCUGGCCCUUAGGCUCCGGGAAUCUGAAUUUCUUUGCCUUUUGCAUUUGUUUCAGGCCUGGACCACUGCUAAGAGUUCCUGAGCACUGGAAUAUGCUGUUCCCCUGCUCCAUCUGACCCUCAGGUGGGCUGGCCAUCUUCAGUGCAAGAGAAAAAGGGGAACUCACCCACGAGAACCCUCUAGAAAAGAGGAAGGUACAGUUUGUGGGUUGGUUCAAGUGGGAGAGAUAUACUCAACCAGGGGUUGAAAAAGAGGAACCACAGCUAGGCAGCACCUACCUGGAGAUCACGGCUGCUGUUGGCCCAGUGAAAAGAGGAUUCAGAAAAGGUGUGUGUGUGUGUGUGUGUGUGUGUGUGUGUGUGUGUGUGUGUGUGUGAGUGCGUUGUGGGAAGAUGUUUCUAGCCCACCCUCAUCCCUCUUCCAGGGAAGGUAAGUGUGGAGCUGCAGGAGUGAGGCUAUGAGCAAACACACCUAACUCCAAGAGCAGCUCUGUUCUAACCUAGAUUUUUGCAGGGAAAUGUAAACUAGUGAACCUCAAGGUCAAAGGAGGGUCUAAGAGUGUGUUACCCACAAGUUUGGCCCAGGUGUGGGAAAUCCCCUUUGCCUAAUUCUCUCUUCCUCUCAAAAGGAAGAAGUCAAGGCUGUUCUUCUAGCCUCUUUGGUUGCCUAUCUUCAGUGGAGGAGGUAGAAGAAGCUCAAGGUGCUAGAAACAUGGUAGGAAGCUGCUGUGAGGUCCUAAGGUACUGUCUUAGGGUGUGGGACAGAACUUGAGGUACACCAAGCCUUAGAACCCUUUGUGAGCCCGUUACCCUAGUGUCACUUCUCCCAGCAACAAUGACUCACAAAACUGAGACUGAUAGAUACAGCUUUCCCUUGGCCCCACAAGGCACAGGUCACAAAGGCCACUGGGGCCAACCAAGAGGAGUAAUGCCAUCAGAGAGCUGUGUGUGGCCCCUGACCCUGCAGCUGCCCGCUGGGCCGGGCCUGCAUCUCCUGCUGCCAUUCCACUACCAGGACUGGGCCUUCUGGCCUUGGGGCUAGCAGGGAACAGCACAGAGCUUCACUGCCCAUGUGUGUCAUCUGCUUUGUGAAGGCACUAGUACAUGUGUUCAAGAUCUACUUGACAGCAAACUACACUUACAACUUCCGCAGCUGGCCAGUGGACUUCCGCUGGGAUGAUGUGCAUGCCUCAGGCACUGGUAGCAGCAGUCAUCGUGCCUUGACAUGUGCUGCAGCUGCAGCAGGUGUGUGGCUGCUACAUGAUGCAGCGCUGGGCGGGGACGCAUUCACAAGGCCUCCGCGUGGGGCUCGAAGCCAAGCACAGUGCCUCCUCCAGCAGAUCCGUGAGCUGCCCAGCCAACUAGCCAGCUAUGCACUGGCCCACUCACUGGGCCGCUGGCUUGUAUACCCUGGCUCUAUGUUCUUGAUGACACGCGCGCUACUGCCUCUACUGCAGCAGGGCCAAGAGCGUCUAGUGGAGCGCUACCGUGGGCGGCGUGCCAAGCUGGUGGCUUGCGAUGGCAAUGAAAUUGACACUAUGUUCAUGGAUCGUCGUCAGCAUCCAGGCAGCCAUGGCCGUGGACUGCGCCUGGUCAUAUGCUGUGAAGGCAAUGCUGGCUUCUACGAGAUGGGCUGCCUGUCUGCACCUCUGGAGGCUGGAUACUCAGUGCUAGGCUGGAACCACCCUGGGUUUGGGGGCAGCACAGGCGCACCUUUCCCUCAACAUGAUGCAAACGCAAUGGAUGUGGUGGUCAAGUAUGCACUGCACCGCCUGAACUUCCCGCCAGCACAUGUUGUAGUUUAUGGCUGGUCUAUUGGAGGCUUCACAGCUACCUGGGCCACUAUGACUUACCCAGAACUGGGUGCACUGGUGCUAGAUGCCACCUUUGAUGAUCUUGUGCCACUAGCGCUGAAGGUCAUGCCCCACAGUUGGAAGGGUCUGGUGGUACGCACUGUACGAGAGCACUUCAAUCUCAAUGUUGCUGAGCAGCUGUGCUGCUACCCAGGCCCAGUACUGUUGCUCAGACGCACACAAGAUGAUGUUGUCAGCACCUCGAGCCAUAUAACUACUCUGCCAUCCUGUCAAGAGGAGGGUGAUGUGGAAGGUAACCGUGGUAAUGAGCUGCUGUUGCGUCUGCUACAGCACAGAUACCCUUCUGUGAUGGCCCGCGAGGGCCGCACCGUGGUAACCCGCUGGCUACGCACCAGUAACUUGGCUCAAGAAGCUGCAUUCUAUGCGCGCUACCGCGUUGAUGAUGAGUGGUGCUUGGCAAUGCUGCGUUCUUAUCGUGAGCGUUGCCAGAAGGAGAUGGACGAUGCUGAGGCCUGGGGGCCACACGGACCUACUUUCCCCUGGCUUGUGGGCCAAGGCUUGAGCCCCCGGCGGCGCCGGCAGCUUGCAUUGUUCCUAGCACGCAGGCACCUCAGGAACUUGGAGGCAACACACUGCAGCCCACUGGAGCCUGAGGACUUCCAAUUGCCCUGGAAACUGUAGCUACUGUUUAUGUGACUCACGAAUUUGGGCAAUCAUACACCUUUCAGCUCCCCCCUUUCAGCUGUUCCUCUCCUUACACUUCUACAGAAAAGCUGGCCCUACUGGGGAUCUUGGUGUCUGGGAGAGUGGGCAAGUAUAUUUUGGACUGUACUUGCCUUCACUUUCUUUCUGCUCUUCCCUGCUUCUGUCCUUUCUCUUCCUCCCACACAUCUGAAUGCCUGUGCCUAGUUCUUGAAGGGAAUGUAAAGGUGAAACCUGACCCAA